UCUCCUAGCACUUCGCCAUGCACGGCUGCACUGCUUCAUCCGGUUGUCAGAUCGGGGUUCACCUGAAUCGCACUCCUCCAGAAUGGCAUAUGGAUCGAGCACGAGUACGCUUCUACCUACCCAUCAUAUGUCGUUCUUUCUUGCGUCGUCAACCUACACGCAGUACAGGUCUUACCAGCAAGGGUAAUCAUGAGCGCUUCUCAGCAUUCGGAAGUAGGGCCAUGCACGUUUCAGAAUCAAGAUGACAGGACAGAUUUAGCACUAUCAGCAGCCGGGAGGCUCUGCGAUCUCAUAUCCGAAGGAGGAGCCUCAGCAACAUUACAUUUCGACACUCAGCCUAGGCGAUGGUCAAAAUUACUGAUCAAUGCACCAUGUAAUCCGAUCUGCGCAUUGACCCGACUCGAUGAUGCAAGAUUCCUUAACUCAUCUUCCUUCGCAGUGACAUACGUGCAGCGAGUAAUGCACCAAGUCGUGGAUAUUGCACAAGAAUCGGGUUACAUGGUAGUGACUCACGCUACGGCUGAGGAGCGCCUGAAACAGAUCACCGAUCGGUCUUCGUCAAUGGGCUAUGAGCCAAGUAUGUCUGCUGAUGUGCAGCGGAGGCGGCCCUUGGACAUCGAAGCGAUCUUGGGCAAUGCCAUCAGAAUAGCCCAAACCCUAGGAGUUACGACCACGAAUUCGGAAGCCUUAUAAAUACCACUUCGUGCGCGAGAUAUGUCUAUAGCAAAUUGAGGUAG